CUAACUGUGAGCGACCUCCAUUGGUUCUUAAUGGUGUGGUAAAUUCAGAUCUGUCUCAUGGAGGUAAAACAACAUUUACAUGUAGAGAUGGAUACACGUUAGUUGGUGUCACAAGUACUUUGUGCCUAGAUGGACAGUACCAGGAUAAAUUUCCAGUAUGCUAUGCUAACUGUAAGGCAUCAAUUAGUAUAGUCAAUGGUCAGUACACCGGAAGCUUCAAUCAUGGAGGAUCCAUCAUAUUCACAUGUGAUGUCGGUUACACAUUGGUAGGAGAAUCAACAAUUACAUGUGACAAUGGUCAAUAUAGUUCAUCAUAUGCAGAAUGCAAAGCUAAUUGUGAUCGACCUCAAUUAAUUCUUAAUGGUGAGGUAAAUUCAGAUCUGUCUCAUGGAGGUAAAACAACAUUUACAUGUAGAGACGGAUACACGUUAGUUGGUGUCACAAGUACUUUGUGCCUAGAUGGACAGUACCAGGAUAAAUUUCCAGUAUGCUAUGCUAACUGUAAGGCGUCAAUUAGUAUAGUCAAUGGUCAGUACACCGGAAGCUUCAAUCAUGGAGGAUCCAUCAUAUUCACAUGUGAUGUCGGUUACACAUUGGUAGGAGAAUCAACAAUUACAUGUGACAAUGGUCAAUAUAGUUCAUCAAAUGCAGAAUGCAAAGCUAACUGUGAGCGACCUCCAUUGGUUCUUAAUGGUGUGGUAAAUUCAGAUCUGUCUCAUGGAGGUAAAACAACAUUUACAUGUAGAGAUGGAUACACAUUAGUUGGUGUCACAAGUACUUUGUGCCUGGAUGGACAGUACCAGGAUCAAUUUCCAGUAUGCUACGCUAACUGUAAGGCAUCAAUUAGUAUAGUCAAUGGUCAGUACACUGGAAGUUUUAAUCAUGGAGGGUCCAUCAUUUUCACAUGUGAUGUUGGUUACACGUUGGUAGGAGAAUCAACGAUUACAUGCGACAAUGGUCAAUAUAGUUCGUCAUACGCAGAAUGCAAAG